CCGCCAUUGAGGGAACCCCAAGAGAUCUACCUGACAGCAUCUGGCCCUGCAGAGCAUUCUCGUUCUUGUUCCACCAAUGCUGUUCGAACCCCAGUCAAGAACGCGGCAGCUCCCAUGGCAACUCCGUCGUCUUCAUCCAAAAGGGUUUCGGUUAUGCCGCCACAUGCUACUGGCCUGGGGGCGCGGACAAUAAGCCCCACUGAUGCGCGACGAAUCAAGCGUAUGUCUACGGUGCCAUCGGCGCAACAGGCACCGUUUACCCCUCCGACUCAGACAGAGCCUGUGCCUACUCGUCCUCGGUCCACUGCACAGUCUCCUUCGCAUAUUCCGCGAAAGAGCGUGACCCCCUCGUCUACUCGUACUACGCCUGACCCAAAUCGGAAAUCCUAUAGCUCUGGCUUGUCUCUGUCAUCGAACACCAGCUACAACUCCGCAAGGAAUUCGGGCGGUUCAUUACAGACCAGGCUAUCCCAGUCUUCAUCCACGUCACGUCUGCCCACCCCUAAGCCUCGUAUGGAACAUGCGGUGGCCGAUGAGGAGGUUCCGCCUGUCCCUGCGAUUCCAAAGGCGUACGAGUCACCCAAAGGCGAUUUUGACCCACCGAAUUAUGUUACCCCCCGAAAGCCAAGUCUAUACUUGGACGUCGAGCCCACCGCUAAAGCAGAACAAGACUCAGACACAAAUCAAACAGCGAGUGCGACCGAAGAUGAUACACUUGGAGCCAAUGAUGAGCGAGCUUUGAAAACACCGGAUGCGAAAACUAAACCAUCCGCCGGGCUGGCGAAAAAGAGUUUACAGCCCUUAAAGUUACCGCCGUUGAAUUUACUUCCUCUGGGUACCCCAAUGACGACGAAGAUCGAGGCGUUGAAGGACCGGGAUGAUGACGUCAAAUCCUACACGCCUUCAGCACAGACUCUGUCUAAAACCCCCAGUACUCCGUUAACCGCCUCCAAGGCAAAUUUCUUCUCACCUCAGGACAAUGAGGAUGCAGUGCCACUUACCCAGGCUAGAAGUAGCACGUCGCAUUUCGCCUUGAGUACAUCGUCAGGUAGUGCGGCUCUUCGGACGGCCAGCAGUUCUAGUGCGCUGGCGGCUUUCGACAAUAUUUCUGCCGGUACAAGAACCGUUUCGCCAUAUGUUGCGUACAGCUUGCCGAAAAGCACUAGCGACUAUACUGCUCUGCGCCCUAAAGCUACCGAAGAUUGCUCUCCCAAGGUGACGCAGUCUCACAAGCUUACUGGGCCUCGUCCCCAAACACGAUCAUCUGCCUUCUCCUCCAAUGCCGAGACUAUCAGUCAGCUUUCGACUCCUUCUGACCCCGACAACAACAGCGUGUCGGGCUCCUCCCUCCGCAGUAAGAUCACAUUCACUCGGAACCGCAGCAGUUCCAAGCCCCAACAGGGGCUCGAGUCAAAUGGCGACCCUAUAAAACUCGAGAAGAUGCCCCCACCGAAGCUCCCAGCCUCUGCAACUUGGAGUAAUAUGUCAACAACGAGUACCUCUAGCCCGUCGCUCAAGCCGUCCUAUUUCAAAUCACGGCGACAAGCAUCGAUGUCUACCGCUACCAACCAGCCGAUGAGGAACCCUAGCUUCAGCAGCGACCAAAGCCUUGCGCUGGAGCCAAGUCCUUCCAAUGAGUCAGGCGAUAGUGAUGUGGUAGCGCACCGGUCAGCAGCAUCGAUCUUAUCGCCUGUACACAAAAUUAUUAGCUCGGCCAAGUCGAGUGUCGGGGCAACAUCAGUUCCCACGGAGUCCAAUGUAGACGCCGAUAUACGCGUGGCUGAUGAAGAAAUGCGACGGCUUGGCAGCAAGCGUAAAGAUUUUGAGACCGCGGCUAGGAAUCUGGAUGACUUGCGCCGGAAAGCCAGUCCCAAGGAGCGAGUCAGUCCGGCACAGGCUCUGCGGGUCGCCAGUCUGAACAUCUUCGAGCGUGGGGAGAUCAUCGACUUCAGUGACAUCUACUUUUGCGGGACCCAGAAUGCGAAAAAGCAUGUUGGUGAUCUGACUGCUCAAGCAAACUUUGGCUACGAUGACGACCGUGGUGACUAUAAUAUUGUGAUUGGAGACCAUCUGGCCUACCGAUACGAGGUUAUCGAUGUACUCGGCAAGGGAAGUUUCGGUCAAGUGGUGAGAUGCAUCGAUCACAAGACAGGCGGCCUGGUUGCCGUGAAGAUUAUCCGCAAUAAGAAGAGGUUCCAUCAGCAAGCAUUGAUUGAGGUCAAUCUUCUCCAGAAGCUGAAGGAAUGGGACCCCCAUCGUAAACAUAGCGUUGUGAACUUCACCCAAAGCUUUUACUUCCGCGGCCAUCUCUGCAUCUCGACUGAGCUGCUCGGCAUGAAUCUCUACGAAUUCAUCAAGGCACACGACUUUAAGGGAUUCUCUCUUAAACUUAUUCGUCGCUUUACAAAGCAGAUGCUGGGUACACUGGUGCUUCUACACAAUAAGAAGGUCAUUCACUGUGAUCUCAAGCCAGAAAACAUCCUCCUCGUGCAUCCAAUGAGCUCUGAGAUCCGAGUCAUCGAUUUUGGGUCCAGCUGCUUUGAAAAUGAGAAGGUGUACACUUAUAUUCAGAGUCGAUUCUACCGUUCUCCGGAAGUCAUUCUCGGCAUGUCGUAUGGUAUGCCCAUCGAUAUGUGGAGUGUGGGAUGUAUUCUGGCGGAGCUUUUCACCGGAUACCCCAUCUUCCCCGGAGAAAACGAACAGGAGCAGCUUGCUUGCAUCAUGGAGGUAUUUGGACCUCCAGAGAAGCACUUGAUCGAAAAGAGCACUCGGAAGAAACUCUUCUUUGACUCGCUGGGCAAGCCGAGACUUACAGUCUCCUCCAAGGGCCGACGGCGUCGUCCCAGCUCCAAGGAGCUCAAGCAGGUUCUCAAAUGUGAUGACGAGGCAUUCCUCGACUUCAUUUCCCGUUGCCUUCGAUGGGAUCCCAGCCGCCGUAUGAGUCCACAGGACGCAUUGAGGCACGAGUUCAUUACGGGGGUGAAGAUGCCGUCCCGAGCAAGAACUUAUACACUGACGACGCAAUCUCCUGCGAAGCGGGCAACUACGUCUUCUCACCCUUCUGCCGGCCGGCCUCUGCCAGAACCUCCUGUGACCAGCCUCAAAUCCGGCACGCUGAUCCGCAACCGGGAUGCUUCGGGAACCUCUCCAGUUAAGCUACCCGCAGGCAAACGCCAUUCGACUGUGAGUGGGCUACCGCCGUCGACGCCCGCCAAACGAGGGACCAGUAUUAGCACCACCAGUACUCCUGGGUCGGCACUGCCUCGCGUUGCAGCCCGGAGUAUUAGUGGCAAGCCAGACCUCGCGACGGCGGCGGCUGCGACCAGCUUGGUAAGUUUGAAAGAGCCCGACGAAACGCCAUGAGCUGGUCAUUAACUUGCAUACAGAGGAC